AUGGGGAUUUGUUUUUGCUUCCACAAAAGAUCGAAGCAUAGUCUCAAUGACAGUGGAUCACAGUACUACCUUGGCUCUACGCAAGGCACUGUUAACAAUGCGACAAAAUACCUGGGUCAUCAAACACCUGAAGUCACACAAAAUGGAAAUAAUAUGGAUGUGCUGCCGACUAAUGUAAAUCAAGUGGCGUUGUUCAAUUUCGGUGCAAAAAAUUCUCUGCCUGUGUCCAGGAACGUUGUUAAUGACAUGCAUAUGGCGUGCGUUGCUGCUCAAAACAGUGCGAUUACUUCGGCGAUUUCUACCGUUUCUCCAGGGGCAGCUGCUGUCCAAACGAGAAAUCCGUUGGUGCAAGUCCGCGCUCUGUAUUCAUAUCAGGGACACAAUCAAGAUGACCUUCCGUUUCAAAAGGGAGAUAUUAUGUUUGUAAUUUCUGGAAUGUCCGAUGCAUGGUGGUUUGCAAGGCAUGCUGAGAAUGGGAUGAGUGGUUACAUACCAAGUAACUACGUUUGUUUGGAUGAUGGACUUCCAACUAGUCUAGAUGCUUGGUAUGAUAUAGGCCGCCGCGAGGCAGAUCGCAAACUGUUGUUGGUAGGCAAUCCCAAGGGGACGUAUCUUAUUCGACCAAGCUCAGAAACUCAAAACUAUGCGCUCUCUGUCAGGCAUUACGACUCCGAGAAAAACAUGUGGGUUGUAAAACAUUAUCGUAUCCGUAUACUUGAUAAUAAUGGUGGCUUCUUCAUUAGUAUUCGCACAACCUUUCCAAAUAUUCAAGACCUUAUUAACUACUAUACAGUGCAUCCAGAUGGCUUAUGUUGCCGAUUGUCUAUCCCAUGUCCACGUGCAUACCGUCCACCAGUUCAAUUUCGUGAUUUUGAAAUCAAUCGUGAUAGCAUUACAAGAAUACGAAAAUUGGGUCAAGGUACAUUUGGUGAAGUGUUUUUAGCGAAGUGGAAUGGUUCAGUUGAAGUUGCAGUUAAAAUGAGACUUGAUCAUACUGACCGUAGUCGUUUUAUUGAGGAGGCACGCCUUAUGCAUGCAUUCCACCAUCCUCGUAUUGUUCAGCUUUUAGGCGUGUGCACUGAACCAGAGGACCAACCUGUUUACAUUAUUACCGAGUUAAUGCGUAAAGGAGCAUUAUAUGACUUUCUGCGUACAGAAGAAGGGCAUAAGUUGACUUUGGAUGAUCUAAUCGACAUAAUGGCUCAGAUCGCCAGUGGCAUGUCUUAUUUGGAAGAAAUGAAUUCUGUUCAUCGAGAUUUACGUGCGGCUAAUAUCCUUGUUGACCAAGAUUAUUCAGUAAAGGUAUCAGAUUUUGGAUUAGCGAAAAUUAUUAGUGAUGAUUCUCAUGCUGAUCCAAAUACCAAGUUCCCGAUAAAAUGGACAGCUCCAGAGGCAGCUCUACAACACAUCUUUAGCAUUAAAUCUGAUGUUUGGUCAUUCGGCAUAUUGAUGUAUGAAAUUGUAACUUAUGGUGGCACACCAUAUCCAGGAAUGACUACGCGUCAGACAGUUGCUGAAGUCGAGAAAGGCUAUCGUUUACCUUGUCCGCAUACUGCUGAACAUCCUUGCCCCGAUGACUUAUAUAAUCUUAUGCGUAAAUGCUGGGAUGCUAGACAGAGAAUCGUCCCACGUUUCGUUCACUCUAUGACGUUUUGA